AUGUGGGAAGGCUCUGCGAUGCUGCUGGAGGGUGAGGCCAGGGAGCCUAGCAAAGGGCGGUGCCCCAGCACCCUUUGGCAGGUGCGUCUCUUGGCACAGGGAGGCCCAGCCGAGGUUCCCUGUUGCUCGAGCUCUCAGGCCUCCUCCCGACUCACCUGCUCCCUUCAGAGCAGGCUCAGGGACGGCCUCCCGUACGGGCCCGUUUGCAGCAGGAGCGGGCCAGAGAAGGGGGCUGGGAAGCCGCAGAAGGGGGCUCUGUCGGUGGAGACCCCUCAGACGCUGCGAGCGGAGAAACCACCAGACCAGCAAGAGGGGGAGAAGAGGCAAAGAUCGCCCGUCCCCUUUCCACCUGCAGAGCUCCUCUCUCGGAUCCAAGUGGAUUUGCAGAGUUACUUUGCAGCGUGCGAAGAUGAGACGCCGGCCAUCAGAAACCACGACAAAGUCCUGCAGCGCCUCUGUGAGCACAUCGACCACGCACUGCUCUACGGACUUCAAGAUCUCCCUUCGGGCUACUGGGUCUUGGUGGUCCACUUCACCCGCAGAGAAGCCAUCGAGCAGAUCCAGCUGCUGCAGCACGUGGCCACCAACCUGGGACGCAGCCGAGCGUGGCUGUACUUGGCCCUCAACGAGAACUCCCUGGAGAGCUACCUGCGCCUGUUCCAGGAGAACUUGAGUCUGCUGCACAAGUACUACGUCAAGAGCGCCCUCGUCUGCAGCCAGGACCAUCUGACCCUCUUCCUCACGCUGGUCUCCGGCCUGGAGUUUAUCCGGUUUGACUUGGAUCUGGACGCCCCCUACUUGGACCUGGCCCCCUACAUGCCGGACUACUACAAGCCGCAGUACUUGCUGGACUUUGAGGAUCGCCUCCCCUGCUCGGUCCACGGCUCGGACAGCCUCUCUCUCAACUCCUUCAAUUCCGUCACCUCCACCAACCUGGAGUGGGAUGACAGUGCCAUCGCCCCCUCUAGUGAGGAUUAUGAUUUUGGAGAUGUCUUUCCCGCAGUGCCAUCAUCCCUGCCCACCGCAGCCUGGGAAGACGGAGACCUCACAGACACCCUCAGCGGCCCCCCCAAGAGCCCGACGCAGCGCUACAACCCCUUCAACAAGAAGGCGGAAGCGCCGUCCUCUGCGGAGACCACCCCGGUGCACCACCUUGCCUCCCAGGAGAGGGCGGGCCCCGUGACGGAGGGCGCAGACCAGUCCGGGAGUUGCCCUGAGCUGGAGGUCAUCAGGCUGGCGAAAAAGAAGAAGGCCGGGAAGAAGAAGAAGGGCGGCAGGGCGGAGGAGGCUGCAGCGGUGGCAAACGUGGCCCCCCCUGCUGCUGCCGCCGCAGACCCAGCUGGGGGGGCUCCGGGUGCCGGCGGGGAAGGCGGAGGGAGCCUGGUCCCGGAGGAGCCCCCCGCGCUCGGCCAGCUGGGGCUGCGCAUCCCUGAACUGAAGGACACGUCGAUGGAGCAGGUGGGGCAGCCGCUCAGCCAUGUGAUCGACACGCUGGACCGGCAGCUGGACCCCCGGGGGUGGGGCUGCUCCCUCGAGCCCCCCGACCAGUCCUUUCGGACCGAGGCCCCAGAGGGGGCCCUCGCGGAGGGGCCCCCCUCUGGUGGCUUUCGCCAGGGGGUGCCGUCCCCCAUGGUCUUCUACCACUUUGCCGGCGAGGGUCCAGACGCUCUUGCGCCAGGUGGUGGCCACCAUGACUCUUCAAGGGAUGGCCAACCGCCGCCUGUCCCUGGUGGCCCUGCGGCUGCUGGACCGGAGGAGGAGGAGGGAGGAGGAGGAGGUGGCAGCGGCAAGGGGGAGACUCUUGGGCCAGUGACGGACUCGCAGCAGGAGGAGGAGGAGGUGGCGGCUGCCAGCAUGGAGGCCCUCGGCCGCCUCGAGGAGGAGGAGGAGAAGGCCAGCCCCUCGCCCAGCAGUGCGGAGGAGGACUCCGGGGUGGAGGAGGGGCAGGGCAGCCCUUCGGAAGCAGCCCACCCCUCAGAAUUCAGGGUAGACAAUAACCACUUGUUGCUGCUGAUGAUCCACGUCUUCCGAGAGAAUGAGGAGCAGCUGCUGCGGAUGAUCCGCAUGAGCACGGGGCACAUGGAGGGCAACCUGCAGCUGGUCUACGUGCUGCUGACGGACUGCUACAUCUACCUCCUCCGCAAAGGAGCCGCUGAGAAGCCGUACAUGGUGGAGGAGGCGCUCUCCUACAGUGAGCUGGACUACAUCUCAGUGGGCCUGGACCAGCAGACCGUGACGCUGGUCUGCACCAACCGUCGGAAGCAGUUCCUGCUGGACUCCGCCGAUGCUGCCCUGACAGAGUUUUUCCUGAUGUCUCUGAAGUCAGCGAUGAUCAAAGGGUGCCGGGAGCCGCCCUACCCGAGCAUCCUGACCGAUGCCACCAUGGAGAAGCUGGCGCUGGCCAAGUUUGUGGCUCAGGAGUCCAAGCGGGAGACCUCCGAGGUGACGGUGCGAUUCUACGGCCUCGUGCACUGGGAGGACCCCCUGGACGAGACGCUGGGCCCCAGCCCCCCGCACUUCUCCCUGGCCGAGAGCUCUGCCACAAAGGAGGGCAUGCUGGACUACAAGGCGGGCACCAACUACCUGGGCAAGGAGCUUUGGAAGCCCUGCUUCGUGGUGCUCAGUGGGGAGCAGUGCGGCGGAUGCCGGAGAUCGAACGCCACCGACCGGCCCCACUCCUUCCAGGUGAUCCUGACCGAGCGCCCCUCCCUGGAGCUGAGUGCGGAGAGUGAGGAGGAGAUGGCCGGCUGGAUGCAGCUCCUCUGCCAGGCGGUCUCCAGAGGGGUCGUCCCUCCCGGCGUGGCCCCCACCCCCUGCGUGCCCUGCUGCCUGGUGCUGACGGAGCAGAAGCUGUCCACGUGCCACGAGGACUGCCAGACCAGCUUCUUCCGCUCACUGGCCACGGCCGAGCUGGCGGACGUGGCCUCGGUGUCUGUGGAGACUGGCCACGGGGAGUACUGCAUCCUGGAGUUUGCCCAGGACUGCCAGCAGUUCCUGCCCCCCUGGGUCCUCUACUUCAGCUGCCCGGCAGAGCGGGAGCGCUUCCUGUCAGCCCUGGACGCCGUCUGGAGAAGCACCUACCAGGUCGACCUUUUGCACAAGACCAUCGAGGACGUUGGCAUCCGGAAGAAAUGCGAGGAUGCUCUGAGCCUGAUCCGCAGCACGUGGCAGCGCAGCGACAGCUUGUGCCGUGGCCGGGCCUCCCGGGACCCCUGGUGUUGAGAGGGGCACAGCUCUGCGGGAGCCGGAGGCUUCUGGGAACAGGAGGAGUUUCACCGGCGACUCUCUGGACUGGGACAGUUGUGCGCCGGGGCUGCCUGCCACUCUGCACGUAGCCGGGAGUGGGGCUGGGGGGCCGCAGCUGUGCUGUGGGACAUGCUGUCUCUGGGUGCAUCCCGGCAGGCGGGCGCAUGGGAGGCCAGGUGCGCAGGCAGGAGUGGCCCAGGGAGCUGAGCCGGUGGGUGCCUCUUCGAGGGCCGGCUGCUGAGCCCCCUCUGCUGGGGGCGG